GCGUCAUCAUGAUCAUCAAAUUUCUUGAAAAAAAAGGAGCGAUUGAUCGCUGAUCAUUUCGCUUCACCUUUGUAAGACACAGCACUGGGGUCGAUGUACUAUAAUUUCAAUAGAAGAGUCAACAUUAUUUGAAAGUACCAGCUCCAAAAGUAUAAUUAUUUUUAUUGGUAUUUCUAAGUGGAUCUGGACUGAAAACGCAUUCAUUGAGUUUUCCUCCCGUGAGAAUCAUAGGACGUUGUCUUCGCAGACUCUUGUCCAUCGUCAUGACGAAGUUGACCAAAGUUUAUGAUUCAGAAGCGUUUGUUCCUUGAUGGGAUUCCGUAACAACCAAAGAUUAAUUCUUUCUUAGUACUGGGACUAGAGAGGGGUGAAAAAUACUGAGGUACAUUGAUGGGGGGCCUCCUGCUGGAGAACCCGAUAUGUCAUCCUCCAUAUGGAGAAGAUACAGUGAAUUUGAACUGUUGAGAAAUUAUCUUGUAGCAAACUUCCCUGCAUUGAUUGUCCCUCCUCUGCCAGAAAAAAGGAUCAACAUUGCAGCCCUUCGUAUUGCUGCAGAUAAGUUUGAUCCAGACUUCAUUGAGAAGAGAAAAGUUGCACUUGAGAGUUUCCUAUUAAGAUGUGCAGCUCAUCCCCAACUCUCACAGGACCUCUCAUUUGUUUCAUUUUUCAAUCAGGAAGAGGGAUGGAAAGAAACUCUGCUUGCAACAAAUUUUCAAAGCAAGGUUGACUCAAGACUUAAGAGUUGGAGUGCUUCAGCUAAAGAACCAGAUAGGAGAUUUGAAGACAUGAAGCACUAUGCUGAAAAUCUAGGAAGUAAUGUUGCAGCAAUGAUUAAAGUCAGACAGCGUAUCUCAGAUACAAUAUUUUCUAUCCACAAACAACAUGCUACUUAUGGAAAGAUUUUUAGUGAGUGGAGUUCGUUGGAGAAAGAGAUGGGUGAUGAUCUACAAAAAUCUGGCCAUUAUAUGGACAGAUUUGCAGCAUCUGUUGAUGAAGCACUUGUUGAAGAUGAAAUGGCUUUCUCAGAACCACUAAAGGAAUACCUUCACUUCUCUGAUGUAUUAAAGGGGGUGGCCAGUCGGCAGCUUCUGCGUCAGUAUGACAUGGAAAAGGCAGAAGAGACUUUGACUAACAAGAAAACACAGAGAGAUGAGUUAAAUACUCAAAAGGAAGCCCUACAAAGUGGACAUACCCCACCCAAGUCUGGUGGAUUUUCAUUCAAGGGACUGUCAUCCAUGAUUUUUGGUGCUGAGACUCCAGAAGUGUUAGAAACCAAGAUAAACAAUUUGGAUGAACAAAUAAAUGAUGCUGAGGAAAAUGUGAAAACCACAAAGGAGGAAGUUAGAAUUUUUAAUGAGGAAGCACUAAAAGACUAUGAACACUUCAAAAAACAAGAAGUGAGAGAUUUGAAGGAAGUGUUAGCAGCACACAUCAAGACUCAAAUAAUGAUAUGCAAAUUGGGGAUGUCUACAUGGCAAGAUAUGAAAGAUACAGCAAAUACCUUGUAACAAUGAAUCAUCAGUAGUCUAUAACAUGGAAUUUUAAGAAUAAUACAAAACUUUAAAUGAAAAUGUAUUUUGUGUCACACAUUAAAGAAUCACCUUUAGGUACAAUGUGUAACUGUAAAAUGAAGAUCUCACAGCAUUGGCUAUUACUAGCGAGAGAAUUUUCAUUAAGGUUGUCUGAAAAAAUUGUGCACUCCUUGGUCAACUGGUAAUUUUUCAACAUCAAUCAAACAUUUAGCACCACUAAGAAAUCAGGGGGGGGAUAUCUCCAUAAUGAUAGUUGUUAUUCACUGGAUACAAAUUAUUGGCUUUUUGUAUAUUAUGCUCAUUGAAGAUACCAGAUUUCUGGUUCUGUCCUGGUGUACCGGUUCACAAGGGAAUUACCAUUGUUCUUUCUUUGUUUAGGAGUUAAUGGUUAGCUGUUGUGUAUUGUUCAGUCUUUUGUAUCGGCUCUUGUGAACCGGUACACAAGGACAGAACCAGAUUUCUUCAAUGCACUUGUGGACAUACAUAACUUCCCAUACUAAAGUACAUGUAUCAUCCAGUCAUUACGAAGGAAAUAGAACAAUUUAGGUCUCUCAUUACCCAUUGAACCAUUCACUUUUAGUAGAUGUCUGUCAUUUCUGAUGCAACAGCUUAAAAAUGGCAGAGCUGUCUAAAGAAAUAAAAUAUUUCCUCACAUCCUGAUGCAGGUUGAGUCACUGCAAGUUUGUUUGCAUGGGGUGGUUUGGAUUUGACUCAUUUCUGGUACUUCAGUUCAAAGCUUAAAUCUGAGGUACCAAUUGACUUGAUUAACUACUGUUGUUUUCAUUCAAUUUUAAGCAUUUCAAAUGUGAAGCCUACUCAAAGGCAAAAUUAAUCGUAAAAUCAUAUUUGAGUUUUUUCAAUCAUUACCAGUAAUUAUACCAUAAUUACACCAUAAUUACACAAGUCACUUAUGUGUUUAACAAGACAUUAUGUCAAAUAGAAACACAUCAAAAGCUCCAAUGUCUUUUGUUUCCUCUGAAAAAGUGUAGAUUACCAAGUUGGACACAAAUUAUUCUUUAAUUUAUAAUUAUCAAAUGACACACCAACUUAUUCCGAUUGAGUGUAGUAAUUAAGGGAGAGCAGUGUUAAAUGGCAAUUUUACUUCCAUGUGCUGUAUUUUAUCAAGGGGAUAGAUUGAGCAAGUAAAUAUGGUAUUUGAGGAAACAAAUCUUUGAACCGGAGUAGUUUCUGGGAGAGGCUUCAUCUUGUACAGCCUGCAAAAAUGGCCAUUUUUCCAAACAUGUCAUUUUAACACUGGUUAGAGCAAAAAGGGUGAGCUGUGUUCACAGCCAAAAUUCAUAUACACUGGAAUACUAUUAAUGAAAAAACUUAUUUGUACACCUCUUCAAUUUGUUCUGUAGAGUUUUGAGACAGUCAAAUGAACAAAAUAAAGUAAAACUUUCCAUUGAACGCACAACA